AGGCGCUGCUCGCGAGCAUGCGUAGCCGGCGGACUAGCGCCGGGGCUCCAAGCGCACACUUCCGGCCCGGCGGCUGAGCGAGUCCGGUCCCAGAUUCAGGGAAGGACUGGAAAGUGCUCAGUGAGGAGACAGACCCUUGGGGACCAGCCAGAGAGUCACAGAGGUCCCACCUGAAACGGUGGGUUCAUCCAGAGGGAAGCACUUUGAUGGGGUCACGGAGCUCACAACAAAGAUCAGGGAAACAGCCAGAAGCCUGGCUGACGCCACAGCAUCCCAGGAACCUUCCCGAGGAAAGGGGUCUUGGAGACCAGGAGACAGGCGCUGCGCAUGGGACAGCUGGGGCCCAGGGAGCAGCCACGUGUGAGGACAGAGCUGCACUCCUCGGUCAGGAAGGACGGAUACACCUCGGCCCGGCACAGAGGGCCCUCCGCAGGGACAUUUCACAGAGGAAUGACAAAAACGACUCUCUGGGUAAGGAUGCCUGUUCCCUCAGGCCCAGAGUGGAGGUGUUCAUUUGUUCAGAGAGAGAGAGACUGGGAGACCGGAGAAAGGAGACAGAGGCAGACCACUGGGUUGAGGCAAGAAGAAAAUAAACAGGAAGAGCCUGAGAGCAGGUAUGAGACACAGAGACCGGAAGAAAGGGAAGGACAGGCCGGAGGGCUAACGACAGGGUGGACAGCAUGCGAGUGGGAACGAGGGAGGGCGGGACACGAGAGCAGUGGGGGUGGAAGUGGGAAGUAGAGCAAGGGGCUGGGGGAGUGAGAGACAGCAGGGGACAGCCAGCAGCGAGGAGGCACCGCCUGUGGGAGCAGCAAGCCGACCUGAGUGCACAUGUGCUCACACACACACCUGAGGGCUGUCCUGAGGGGCUGAGGGGAAACUCAAGAGCACCCACGUCUGACCGCAUGGGAAACUCAAGAGCACCCACGUCUGACCGCAUGCUUCUGCGCCCAGGCCUUCAGGAGGCAGCCGGGCCCUUCGGACAGUCUCAGGACGAUCGGCUCAAAUCGUCUCUGCCGCGCCCCCCACGGCGGGCUCUGUGCCGACAGCUCAGGGCCUGGGGCCUGCUGUGGGUUCUGUGUCUCCCUCUCUCUGCCCCCACCCCCCCCCCCCCCGCUCACACUCAGUCCCUCUGUCUCUCAAAAAUAAAUACAACAUUAAAAACAGUAAAUCAGCUCUGCCCCUUCCGGGCUGCUCCUCAGAGCAUCAGAUUCAGGGAAGGGACAGAUGCUCUGCAGCUGGCUCAGCCAUGAUGUCUCCUCCCUGCAUGCUCCAGAUCAUGGAGAACACGCAGGGACCCUAGGUACUCACCGCUGAGCAAGGAAUAAUUCUAAGAGUUCCACAAGUGACGAUGGCUUGGAAGCCCGUGAGACACCGCUGAAAGGGGAAGGAUAAGGGCGGGGUGACGCCCAGCAGCCAGAGGAAAGACAGGCACGGCCCGGGCUGCUCAGGAAACCAGGACGUUCCUGUCUGUUCUCAAUGAACCUGAAUGUUAUUGGAAACUCCACGCGCACCAGCCAAGCAGCCGGCUGUGUGGGGAAGUUGCCCAGCUGUUGUGUGAACGUGGUCCCCACAGCCUCUGGAUCAACAUGGAAGGAAGUUCCAAAGCCUCGGAGCUGUGCAAGGCCGCAGCCCAUAACCUGUGCUUUUCAGGAGAUGAAAGCUUUGCUGGCCUCACGUGGCUCCUGUGGUUCUCCCAGGAGUAGGGCACAUAGGGUGGGUGAGGCUCAGGGACCAAGCCAAGACUCGUGAAGUGCAAAGACAGUAGAGAAUGCAGGCAGCUACACAUCUGACUGCAAGCAGCCAGCCCAGGACACCCACAGCCUCUUCCAGAGCCCCUUGCUGAGGACCUGUCUGCACUACUCCCAGUACUGAUCACCUGUAGGAGAGAAGUCCCCCCACUCUGGGCCUUGUCUUCUGGCUAUAAACUGAAGAUGGUUCCUAUUCCCUCCCAGAUCACGUGGGGCAGUGCUACUGAAAAUGACUUGAACUGAGACAGAGCAUUUACAGACCCGCCAAGCUCACAUCGCUGCUGUGUCCAAGUGCACUUCUGUAUCAUUAACAACAAACCACCUGGCUUUUCACAGAUAAUUGACAAGCUCUAAUGUAGGAGCUGGGACCCUACGUAAAGGACUUCGUAAGCACUUGAUGUUUUCUCAGUGAAACGGGGUGGCCUUGCAGGGCUCUAAGCACAAAGGGAGUCAUUUUUAAAUGGAUCAUGUUGACUGUUUCCAUUUUUUUGGCUCAAGGCGGAGUAGUAGGGGUGAAGAGAAGGGCGUGCCCCUCAGAGCACCAGACCAGAGGUUAGAGCACACUUGCUGGGGCAGCUUGAGACACACACAGGAGCCCUCACUGAACCAGCCCGUGGGCACUACAGUGAGCAGCAUGUGCUGGGAGCUCCCAAGGAACCAGCUGGCCUCACGCCCUUCUCAGCGGAGCACUGCUUCUUCCCACCUUGGGAUGGGACGUGCUGUGGUUUAGUUUCUCGCACCUACAGGGAUGACAGGAGAUCCUCGAGACAGGGAUGGGCCAGUCAGGGCUACUCAACAUCAGAGGCAGAAGUCGACAGGAGUGGUCUACAAGCGGCCACGUCCUCUCGCGAGCCACAAGCCCUCACAGACUCUCCCAACCACGGAGACAAGCAUUACACUUACAGUGACAUCAUUCAAGAGAAAUGAGUGGCAUUCAGGAUAAAGAACAAGAGUGCAGCUUUGGUAAAUACUCCACAACCCCUUCUCCAUUAGAGAGGAUGCCCUUUCCAGUAUGCUGAACGUGUCUGUUUUAGGAAAGACACCCACAGUGAGGUGGUUUCCCAGGGAUGACAGCAGACGGUGGUGGCAGAGCUGGACAAACCAGCGUGGAACUUGUGGGGAAGUUACCCUUGCCCUGUGGGGUCCAGGCCUCUGUGAUCUCAUCGUGUGUCCCUUGUCCCCUGGCAGCAGGUGUGUGCUGGGGUGGAGAGACAGAGACUCCCCUGGCCAUUCUCUGUAAAACUCAACUUCAUGAGAAAUUCCAGACUCAUCAGAACAGCCAGACCCACAGGGCAGUGGCAAAAGAACUCUGGGAACAGGGCUUUCUGUGGACCCCAGAACAGUGUCGCACCAAGUUAAACUGCAUGUUGAGAUACCAUAAAGUGAGGGAGACUGUUCCUGAGCCAUAUGUCCUUGAUGAGGAAAUGGAUACCCUGUCAAACUCCUGGGCCUCUGCACCCACGGUGGCAAGCAGUGCUAUUCUUGGCCAAGAGGGAAGGGUUACGGAGUUUGUGGGGAUAAGUCAGCAGAAUGGGGAGCCCAGAGGUCAGAGAAGGGGCUAUGUGGAUGGUGCAGCCAGAGAUGAAAAGGACUUCUGGAAUCCUGGCCAGGGAAGUAGGAGACAUGACCUGCCAGUUCUGUUCCCACACAGUGCUGGUAGGAGUCUUGGCUCUGACGCACAAAGGACACAGGACCACCCAGAAGGCCUUAGCCUACCAUUCAAGUGGGAGCUGCCCCUGCUACUGGUGUGGUUACUGCCUUGAUGGAUGACCUUCCACGAGCCAGGGAGUCUGGCUCUCUCAGCAUUGAGGCUGUUUCCUCUGCCCUUCAGGGCCCAACUCCGUAUCUGCCAGCCUCUUUCACAGAGCGCGUGUCAUUUUUCCUGUACAGCUCCUUGCGUUGGCUUCCUCAGGUCAGGCCUCCAGCCCAGACUUUCCUCUUCCCUCCUCCUCUAGUAUGAUCCUCCUUUCCUGACAAAGUGUCUGCUGGUCAGGUGCUCACAACAUACUUUCUUCUCAUUUGGGCCAAACUUGGGAAGGCCUUUGGUUAGGCUGUCAAAAAUUGAGAUCAAACCUGCAGACAGACCGGCAGGUGACACAGAGCUGGCCUCCCUGCCUCAGUUUUGUCACUGUGUCCAAACAUCCAAAAAGGGACAGAACAAGAGAAAAGUAGGUGGAAUUUAGGGGUAUUUAUUUACCUGUGAACCCAGGGUUUGGAGCUUGAAAAUAUUACAACUGGAAAAUGAAAUUAGACUAUUAAUUAGUAGAAGACUGAAUCCUAUGAUGUAUUCCAUGUAGAUAUUCUUGAUGGUGCUUUAGUUGUAACUUUCCUCAUUCCUGCCUGUCAUU